AUGAACGAUGUGUUUAUUGAAUAAUUUUAUUUAUAAUUACAACAAAAGUUGAAAAGUCGUGUCCUAUCUUGCCAGUGUAGUAUUGUUAUCAGUGUUAGACAUGAUAGUUGGAAAUUAUUGUACGGUUGAGCCUUUGUUUGACGCCACGCCUCGGUGGCUACAGUGUUGACUUUCGGAAAUGUAUUCGUACUUUGUGAAAUCAUAUUUGAAUUAUCGAGUAACAAAUUUAACUUUUACUUCUCUACUAUAACUGGGAUACACAAGAUGCGCUAAGAAGAAUAGAUCAACUUUUUUCGUACCUCUAUGUUUAUUAAAAUGGAACUUAUUCUUAUUUUAUCUUUGAUCCCUCUGGGAUUGGCUUACGACAAAGCAUCUUUCUACGGAGCUAGCUUUAUAACAUACCCACUUCAAGAAGCAAAGGGUGUCACAGACAUCAGUUUUCGGUUUAGAACACAUCUGUCAGAUGCAUUGUUGCUCCUGGCUGCAGGAAAAACUGACUAUUGCAUGAUCAAGCUAGAGAGUGGGAGAAUAAAAUUGCACAUAAACCUAGGCGCUGGUGAAAGUGAACUGUCUUCACCUAAAGGAAUAUUUCUCAAUGAUACUCAAUGGCACCAUGUUAGCAUCAUCAGGAGGGAAGCUAAUUUAACAAUGAAGGUUGAUGAUAGUACUGUUAGAAAAAGACUACCCGGAAGAUUCUUUGAAUUGAACAUACACUUUGGAGUAUUUCUGGGAGGGCAAGGUGAUUUCUCUGAACUGUUCCUGGGCCACAUGGAAAACUUCCGAGGGUGCAUGGAGGAUGUGUUAUAUAAUGGAGUUAAAAUAAUAGAAAAAGCUAGAAGUCGCAGUGCCUCAGUGCAUGUAGAGGGUGUCACAUGGAACUGUGCACCUGAAUUUGAUGCAGACAUUAACUCAGAGAUCAGCUUCAUUGAUGAAGGCGCCUAUCUUAUAUUACCCAAGAUCAACUCUAGGGCUGGAGGAAGAUGGCAGAUUGAGUUUAAGACAAUAACACCUAAUGCUAUAAUUCUUUACAAUCCUGGAGGUGGGAGAGGCUCAGUGUCUGAUUUUCUUGGUGUUGAAAUACUGGAUGGAGUAGUCAGAGUUAAAAUGGCGCGUGGACAAAUAAUACACACUGUGAGAGUCAGUGAUGGACAGUGGCAUAAAAUACAUUUGUUAUUCAAUCCUUCACUAAUAGAGCUCUCCGUGGACAAUGUAGCAAUGAGUACAAGAAUCGAAAGUGGAGGUACUCGGUAUUUAGACCUGUCUGACUCAUUCUAUCUUGGUGGAAUCGAAACUGAAAAGCGACAGCGGGCCUUCGCAAAAGGAAUCAAAGCAGCAGAUUCUAGUAUAAUGGGUUGCAUAAAACCGAUAGAAGUAGAUGAUAAAAUAUAUGGACUGCCGAACUCCGUGGUCACCUACGGCGUGAGUCCUAAAUGCAUUUGGUGGUACCCGUGCCACGCCAGCCCCGCCAACCCCCCCUGCGUGCCGCAGGCGGUGUGCGACCAGCACGGCGUCGACCACUUCACUUGUAAAUGCGACUCUGAUCUCUGCAUUAACCCUGACUAUGCCGAGAAGUACAAGGUAUUCUCAAAGUCCAGCAGUGAACUGGAGCUGGUAGCACUGUAUCCUCUAACAGUGUUGGAAGGCGGAGUCGCAGUGAUCACGACGCAGAACAUCGACGUGGUGUUGGACCACCACAAAUACGGCGUGCGCCCGUCGGGGGUCGUGUUCCAUCUAACCCAGUCCCCGCAACACGGAAGGAUAGCUAUCGACUUAUCUCCGCAAAGGAACUCUCCGCAGUAUUCCAAUUAUCUCGAUGGUGACGGCAAAAUGAAGCAAUACUUUACACUCAUGAAUUUGUCAAGAGAUAAGGUGAGAUACGUUCAUGACGGUUCGGAAAAUCAUCAAGAUUCAAUUGUACUUGACAUGGAACUUAUUCCAGAGACUAAAUUUACUCUACCAAGCUACUUACAAGGAAGGAAUACUUUCGUUUUACAUGUCAACGUCACUCCGGUCAACGACCCUCCGGUCCUCAAUUUGCUUCCGGCUAAAGUAUUAAGACUGACACAGGGAACGCGUAAAGUAAUAACUUCAGAUAUUCUAAAAGCGGAAGACCCUGACACACCGCCGGAGGAUCUGCUAUACACUGUGUUGCACGGAAAAAAUGAAUUGCAGAGUAGCCACGUUGAGAUAUCCGGACAACCAGUUGACUCCUUCACACAACAAGAUAUUGAUUCCGGAGUCAUCUCGUACGUCCACGGCUCGAACAAUGAGAAACAACUGAACAAAACAUCUUUGAGAGUCACGUUACAGGUCUCGGACGGCAUAGAAACUAGCGGUCCAGCGAUUCUGCGCAUAUCAAUAGUGCCCCUCCAAGUCCGCUUAAUAAACAACACUGGACUCCAACUGGUGCACAACUCGUACGCUAUUAUCACGGCUGAUAAUCUGACAUUCACCACUAACGCUGACGAGAGCAAUGUGCAAGUCAAGUAUGACAUAGUGAAACCUCCUCAAUUUGGAGUGUUAGAGAGGCUGCGAGUUCAGGACGGCACGUGGCAGACAGUAGACUCGUUCACGAGUGAGAUGGUCACCUUCCGCCGCGUUCGGUACAUGCAUCUGCUCGGAAACCCUUCCCACGACGAAUUCAAGUUUAAAGCUUCGGUGGGCACGAUUCGAACGAACACUUUGUACGACUUUCGACUUACUUUCAUCAAACUUGAUCUUUACCAAUCGGUUAAUGAAGAACUGGUGUUAAACAAUACCAGAGAAGCGUUCAUUUCGGCGCAUCAUUUGAAAUUCAAGACGAAGCCAAUUGGCCUACCGAGCGAUAGAAUUCUUUAUACGAUACUUAAGUCGCCUAAGUAUGGUAUACUGCACCUGUCUUCUGGGAAGUAUCAUCUGCAAACACACAGCACGUUUACUCAGCAACAUAUCGACACCGACCAGCUGUGGUACCGCCUGCAUAGACGUGCAUACUCUCACAUCCAAGACGAAUUCUCUUUUGUAGUUGGAGCCACCGAGUGCGAAAACAUCACUGGAGUAAUGACGAUCCGACACACACCAGCCUACUCGAUCUCGGAACAUUCGUUGGGUCGUGUACAUACGACUUUAGAACGACUGCAGGUUAUGGAAGGCUCUAGAAUGGUCAUUCCUGCUACUCAUCUAAAUUUCCGAACGGAGUCUGUUACAAAUCUUGUUUUCAAUAUAACCCAUUUGCCGCGCCACGGAAAAAUCGAAGUAAUAAGCGAAAGCUUAAAAAUAUUAAGAGAUAACACCACUUAUUUCACUUUAAAGGAACUGAAUUCAGAUAGGGUUUACUACUCACACGAUGAUUCCGAAAGUAGACACGAUUCUUUUCACUUUAUGGCACUCAGUCCUGAACCCGAAGAUUUUCAGUACGUAGGGGUAUUUCACAUCGAUAUAAUACUAAAGAACGACAACAGCCCGGUGAGGGCGAACGAUAAAGUGUUUCACAUUGUACACGGAGGUGCCCGCCUCAUCACUGCCAGGGACCUGAGCUACACUGACGCCGACCUAGACACGAAGCCGGCCGAUAUCAUCUACACGAUUCAAAGAUUCACUAAAGACCCUCCAAACGGAGGUAUAUACAGAGCCGAUAACCCCGCCGAAAUGCUCGCUCAAUUUUCCCAGGAUGAUAUUAAUAAAAACCUGGUUCUAUUCAAACAUCAAGGUAAAGAGUAUGGUAAGAUGGCGUUUUGGAUAUCGGACGGUUUAUUUGACGUGAAUGGAAAUCUUGAAAUUCAAGCAUCGCCACCGUUUAUUCGAAUGUACCCGACAAACGGGUCAAUUGUUGAAAACGGUAAAGCGGUUGUGAUUACGACGAGGGAUAUGCAAGUGGAUACAAAUAUGAACUGCCUGGAAGAAGACAUCCGGUACGAGGUGAGGCUGGAGCCGAAACACGGCGCCAUCGAGGUCGGGGAGGGGCAGGGCGCCGUGACGUUCUCGCAGCUGGACGUGGCGGCCGGCCGCGUAGCCUACCGCCACCGCGAGCCCAGGACUCCUGCCGACCAGUUCAGGUUUAAAGUCAAGUGUCUGGAAGCGUGGGGUGAAGGGACAUAUCCAAUCAAAAUAUUCCCAUCAAGUUACUGGGAACCGCUUAAAGUGACAACUAACCGAGCUCUAGUUGUCGAGGAAUCUACAAGUGUCAACAUCACCAGAGAUGUCUUGGAGGUCAUGCAUCCACAAAUCGAACCGUCGAACAUAAUUUUCCAAAUAACUCAAGGUCCGUAUCAUGGCUGGCUAGAAGUCACCGCCACCCCCGGUGUGGUUGAGGUGGAGACCUCGAACGAAGAGCCAGCACACACGACCGUGUUCGACCAGUCGAUCAUCAAUGGCAACCGCCUGGUGUACAUGCAGUCUGGCGUCAACCGCACGAGAGACAAGAUCCUAAUGGACGUCACUAAUGGCAUCGUAUGGUUGAGGGAUGUCGAAUUGAAUAUAAUAAUUAUUCCAGAACAUUUCUACGUGACUGUGUCUAAUUUGACUGUUGUCGAAGGAGAAGCCAUCAGUAUUAAACCAGAAAUGUUCCGCACGAUAACAGAGUACUAUAGAGGAAAAGUGGUGUCCUAUAAGGUACUUGAAAAACCUAAAUAUGGAAAGAUUUUGAUGGGCGACCAGGAAUUGAGUUUACUGCCUGUUCUUAAACUUAAUUCUGGAAAUAUUCAGUAUGUAAACGACGGGUCGGAGGAGUCGUUGGACUCGUUCAAGCUGCUGGCGGCGACGGAGAGCAACAAGGAGAGCGAGCCGUUCGUGGUGCGCGUGAGCAUCGCGCCGGUCAACGACGAGACGCCCAUCGUGGCUGCCAACACCGGCCUCUGCGUCUGGGAGGGCGGCACCUUCACGUUCACUAGGAACGAGCUGUAUGUUAACGACAUCGAUACGCCACUAGAAAAUGUUACAAUAAUCGUGGUUGAUAUAGUUUCUGGACAUAUUGCUAUGAAGGGCAAUAUCCACGAGCCUGUCACACGCUUCACUCAGGCUGACAUUGACAACGGGAAUGUGAUAUUUGUCCACAAAAAUGGCUCAAAAGGCAAAAUGAUCUUCAACGUUACUGACGGGCUACACGAACUGUCUAAAAUAACGUUUCUCAUAACAACAAAAUCGGUAUCUUUGAAACUUAUCAGAAAGCAUAAUCUUCGAGUUUUCCCUCUAAUGAGAGAACCGUUAAACAAUUAUUUGCUGAUGGCUAAAUGCUCAGAUUACACCAGAACAAUUGUCUAUAAAAUAGACAGGACACCAUCUCUCGGCAGACUGAUUAUGCUCAGUGAAGACAGUCACCACAGAUCCAUCAAACAGUUUACACAGGAAGACGUCAAUAACACCCUCGUCUACUACGAACAUACGCAUCCUUUUUCAGAUCUGUACACGAACGACUCUUUUAUAUUUACGGUUGAAGCCGCCCUAGCUAAACCUAUAACUGAUCAAGUUUUCAACAUCGAUAUAUCGGUAUCUUCCGGAGGCUUGGCUAAAUAUGUGCAUAUACCUCAGAUUAAGGUGAACGAGGGUGAUAAAGUUCCCAUUAAAGUGAACGUUACGAACGUAAUAGUAUACCUGGAGAGUCAAGCGGGGCUGAGGCAGCCUCAGGUGGAAGCGCAGUGGUCGCAGCCGGCGCACGGCACGCUGCAGCCGGCCGUGUCGUCGCUCACGCAGCCGCAGCUCGAGUCCGGCGCCGUCCUUUACCAACACGACGAUUCCGAUACUACACAAGACAAAAUAGAAAUGUCCCUCUUUCUUCUACCGGAGUAUGUUCUCCUAUGUAACGUCACUAUUACUAUUCAUGUUAUUCCAAUCAACGACCAACCUUUUAGACUUUUGACUGAAACGCCGCAAAUACAGGUGGUACAGGGUGAGAAUUAUACCAUCACUAAAAAAGAUUUGAUCACCGAGGACGCUGACACUAGUCCCACCGGCAUACUUUACGAUAUUAUAAGUGGUCCCACUCAAGGGAGGAUCGUCAUGAUGGACAAGAAUUUGAGCAUUGAUGAUGCACAAUCAAUAAAUAAAUUCACUCAAGAUGAUAUUAACAAUGGACGUGUAAUCUACGAGCAUUCUGGCAUGCUUCAAACGGCCACUUUCUACUUUAGGGUAUGGGACGGACAGUUCAAGCCUAUGUAUAAGAUAUUUACGAUUGACGUGUUGCCGGUAUCACUGAACGCGUCUACAUUGCAUCCAGUAUUAUUACAACAAGGCUCUAAUGUUGCUACGGUGACCACCGAGCAAAUAUAUAUCGAAACCAACGCCAAAAAGUACAAAGUAUGGUACAAUAUCACUAGACAACCUCUGCACGGCAUGAUAUACGUGGGCAGGAAUCCAAUCACUUACUUUUCCCAUAGGGAUUUGAUGGACAAGGUGGUCAUUUACAUGCAGAACGAUAUGACCGCAGCUAGUGACAGCUUCGACCUUAUCGCAUACAUCCACAACAGUAAUUCCACAAACCCUUUCACAAUAAACGUUCUGGUUCAGCCUCUCAUGGUUUUGAAAUAUAUAAAAGUCGAAGGUGACAAGUCGAGAAUAACUCUUAGCAAUAUGGACGCAACCGGUCUAGCCAAGUUGACUGGAAGUAAUCCAAUAUAUACCAUCUUAAGUAAACCUAAACAUGGUACUGUCAAGAACAUAAUUAGAAGUUCUGGAGGAAAUACAAGUGCGAGGGAAAGAGAAGUUCCGUACUUUACGCAUGAAGAUAUCAAAGCGGGGGUUAUCUACUACGUGACCAAGAAGAGGUCACACGAGCUUGUCGGCAUGGAGGACAGUUUCAGAUUCCUACUGGCGGCGACGAUAUUCCAGCCGGCCGCAGGCGAAGUUAAAAUAUUCAUUGGGAGCAAAUCGAAAAAGAACUUGCCAGGGCCUAAUGAUCCUGAGAGUCACGAGGGAGUACCCGUGGCGAACGGCGACUCUGCGUCGUACUACCUGACGAUCCUGAUGGCCCUGUCGGGCGUGGUGCUGGCCAUGCUUGUGCUGCUGGCGCUGGUGCGGUGCCGCCGCUGCAUGGCUAGCGACCGCCGCGCGCGAGCCAAGGCGCACGGCCAGAGCCAGGGCGCCGUGGCUCCCAUCCCGCUGCCGCGCCCGCCCGACCAUCUCAUGCCUUCACCGGCCCACCCCACACCACCCAUAAAGAGAUACGUGUCAUCGGAGCAGUCGGUGCACACAGGCGCCAGCACGCCGUUGCCGUCGGGCGGCAGCGUGGCCUGCAAGGUGACGCCGCUGGCCGACGCGGCGCUCCCCGACCUCAACGCGAGGUACCCCUACGGCACCGAAGACCACACAGAUGCGGAGGACUGGAGCAGCUACGAAGCCAGUGAAACUGCGUACCCGAUCAGGGCACCAGGGGUAGCCCCGGCGAACCCCAUGCUACGCCGCAACCAGUACUGGGUCUGACCCACGCACACCUUCACUCUGCCCAGGCAACCUCCACCAGUUAUCCUCACCACGCACGAAGAAGGUUGCGUGACGUUGAACCGGCGGCUGCAGCAGCGGCGCUACGUCGUAGUUCCUACGCCUUUUCUGCUCAGCAACUACGGAGUUACGAAGAAGCACGAAAACUGUGAGGUAACACUCUGAGCCAUCUGAGCCCUACAGUUUAAACCAAAAACUAUUGAAUAAAAAUACUGUAAUAAUCAUGUUCCUAGGAAUUCUACAUUCAUAACAAUAAGCAAUUUAACCGAAUAAAAUAUGUUUACGAUCAUCAGUUACGCCAUGGAGACUUGGGGAUGGUCGCAGUUGAAAGUGGGUGUGGCCUAAGAGCGUUUCGCUGUUUUUUACAAUUGUGGUGCCAAAUUAUUUAAUUAUAGUGUGAAAAAUUAAUGUUGUUAAUGAGCUCAUUUCUGUGCGGGUCGGCGUAAAUGUAUAGUUUAAAUAAUAUGAAGGAAGGGUAAACGAUGGAUCCAGGCAGAUAUACGAGUAGCGCCGGUAACUUUCUAUGAAGGCCGUUGGCAAUCAAUGCUGUUAUACACUACUAGUAACAAUACACUACUAAUGAAUAACUUUUCGUUUGCGAUUAUUACAUAAAAGUGCCUGUAAUGUUUAUUUUCAUAUGAAAGACGAAUACAAAAAUCCUUGUAAUGUUUAAAGACAAAUACCUAGUAGUUUGGGACUUGUGCUACAUAAAUGAAGUAAAGUAGGUACGGUUUUGAUUUUUUUAUUCGAGGAUGUUCUUAAAGUACACAAUAAACGUAGUAGAAUCUAGAUUUGAUUUUUGGUCAAAUACCAAGACUGAGCACUGUAGGUUAUAAUAUUGGAGAAGGACAGAUUUGGUCACACACCCCUAACCAUAAGAAUAAUUCAUUAAUAGUAGAAUUGGUAUCUCAACAAAAUUUUCGCAUUAGAAUUUUACUCAAUCAAUUGUUAGUAGGAAAAUAACAGCAAUAAAUUAACACAACUAGAUAACACUUUACUGGUGAUCAGGCCAAUUCGAACGUACAUUGAUAUCUAACUGAUGUUAUUCAGUUAUCUUGCAUUUCGCCCAUACUUGUCCGUACAUGUAUUGGCGCGGGCGAGACGCACGAUAACUAAAUACACAGGUUUAAUAUAUACGCUAGAUGACGCAAAUACCACGAUUUGUAUUGAAACCAAGCGUGCCGACUUUUUCAUACAAAAUUUACACAUCAUUUAAUUUCAAAAUUACUUAUCUUUGAUAGGAAAUAUGUUCUUGCCUUUGGGUGCUCGCAAUUUUUGGGCUGUUGCAGUUAAU